AUGAAAAGAAUAGCCCAACAUCUCGAUCUCAACACGGUCUCGCUCUAUAACUUAUACGGGCCUGCUGAGUGUACUCUAGGAUCUGUAUACCAUGAAUUCAAAGUUGAUGAUAUUGAACGAGGAGUAAUACCUAUUGGGCUCCCAUUUCCCAACAUGCAGGCUCAAGUACUUGAUCAAUUCUACCAAUGGACGGUUCCUGGUAUGAAAGGCGAAUUAUUUCUCGACGGUAUUCAACGCUUUCCGGGCUAUUUUGGUAGAGAUGAUUUGACCAAAUCGGCCUUUUAUGGGUCAUUCUAUCGCACAGGGGACAUUGUUCGGAUGGAUAAGCAAGGUCUACUUAGCUAUAUAGGCCGCAAAGAUAAUCAAAUUAAACUGAGAGGACAGCGCAUUGAACCAGGCGAAAUCGAACGUUGUGUGUUAGAGGCAUCACCACAUAUAUCUAAAUGUGUAGUGGUCAAAUGGGAAGAUAAUCAUCUGAUUGCGUAUAUAGAAGGCUUCGAUGUUGAUGAGGACAAAUUGCGAAAGCAUUGCCAAUCUCGUCUUCCAAUAUUCAUGAUUCCGUCUGCGUUUAUUGUACUAGAAAAGCUACCACUGAACGCUAAUGGAAAGUUGGAUCGAAAGGGCCUUCCUUCUGCCACAUCUCUAUCAACGACUACGAUACCGAAUUCGUCACAUAGAUUAAUAGAAAGCCAAGUGCAUGCAGCAUGGAGUUUAGUGCUUCAANUUGAUGAGGACAAAUUGCGAAAGCAUUGCCAAUCUCGUCUUCCAAUAUUCAUGAUUCCGUCUGCGUUUAUUGUACUAGAAAAGCUACCACUGAACGCUAAUGGAAAGUUGGAUCGAAAGGGCCUUCCUUCUGCCACAUCUCUAUCAACGACUACGAUACCGAAUUCGUCACAUAGAUUAAUAGAAAGCCAAGUGCAUGCAGCAUGGAGUUUAGUGCUUCAAAGUCCACCAUCGUUUGCACAGGAGCGUAUUUUUGUUGACCAACAGAUCCGACUAAAUGAAAUCCCUGCAGUUUACAAUAUUCCUCUUGGAUAUCGUAUAAUUCCUGUUUCCAAAGAGAAGAUAUGUAUAACUCGCCUUCGACGUGCAUUUGACUCCAUAGUGGCAAAGCACACGAUUCUCCGUACAGCACUAAAUUUUGAAGUUAAUCACUCUCUUUUAAGGCAGCGUAUCAUACCGUUAAAUACACAGAAACACUAUACUUUUCGAAUAAGCUAUGUUAAGAGCCUCGAAGAAGUAUCAUCGAUUUACAAUUAUGAAGUGACGAACAAAGGAUUAUUUGAUGUCUCUCGAGGAAUCGUUCUUCAUGUCCAUGUGUUCCUAUUCGAGAGGCGGCAAAACUCUUCAUUAUCAGUGGACGAGCAACAACAUUUUUUGCAAGCGGGUGAUAUACUCGUUGUAAAUUUACAUCAUGUAGUGUUUGACGGUGCAUCUCAUCAAAUAUUUUUCAGUGAACUUCGCAGAGCGUAUGAUCAUGAUACUAUAACGUUAAAUCAUGAUGCGUUUCAGUAUAUUGAUUAUUCUGUGCAUGAACGUGAAACAGACAUGACAGCAUCAUCUGCCUUUUGGAAAUCACAUCUUGAAAACUAUGAUCUGAACCGACGUUUGCCGUUACCAUUCGAUAGAUCUCGAUAUUUAUCGAAUAAACAAACAACAGAAGUGUAUUUUGUUGAAUGGUCAUUAAGUGAAGAUCUUUCAAGUUCUUUUCUGAACUACGCAUCAUCUUAUCGAGUGACACCAUUCCAGCUUGGCCUCACAAUAUGUUACGUCUUGCUUUAUGAAUUAACGUGCGGCGAAAGCGACUUGUGCAUACCAAGUCUUAAUGCAAAUCGUUACAGAACUGAAUUACAUGAUCUUAUCGGCAUGUUCGUCUCGGCUUUACCGCAUCACAUCCAUCUGAACGCUCAUGAGUCUUUUAAACAGUUGGCCAAAAAAGUGAGAACCUUAUGCCUGUCAAUACUUCAACACUCAUACUAUCCUUUGCAAAAAAUACUAGUCGAUUUUCGUCAGCACCGAUCAGAUUCCGGUUUUCUUGAGACUUUCUUUGAUUGUCAAACUUCACCGCCAGAUCUUGAUCAAAUAAUUCUCGGCGGCGUAGAGUUCAAAAAGUUCUCGAAUUCUAUCACUAGUCUCGUACCUAAGUUCGAUUUCGCAUUCGCACUUUUUGUUAAUUUCACAUUACCAACCACUACAAUCACGUGUACAGUACGGGGCUCUCGUGAAAUAUUCAAUGAAUCGACUGUGCAUAAAAUGGCUUCUCAAUGCCAAUCUUUGUUGACACAACUCUUCGAUCCCAGUAUAACAAAUCAUGAAAAAGAUCAUUUGAUACCACUUACACAAAUAUUCAUCAAUUUGUUCAAAGCAUCAAACGUACAUCAAACAAUGUUCUAUCCACUGCCUCACAGUUCUAAUAUUGGGAAUACUAAACUGUGA